UAUUUUUCGCGGAAGGGGACGCAAACACGCAAACGUCAAACAAAAAUUGACAAAUGGUGACAGUGACAGUAGGUAAAAAUGGCUAGUGUCGGGUUUAGGUGGUUAGAUAUCUUAGAAAAAGAAUUCGAUAAGGCUUUCGUAGACUUAGACUUGGCAAUAGGUGAACUCGAUUCAGAAGAGCCCGACGUUGUUUUCAACGUUCGCCAAAAGUUGUGCAGUCUUAGCUCAUGUUUCGCACAACUUACCCACAAGGCACAGACCAUUUUUCAAAACAGCGCCAAGAUAGAGGCUGAACUAAUCCACAUGAGGGCCGAAUUGGUCGAAUCGAAGGCGAAGAGGGAGCUUUUAGAGCAAGAACUGCACAAUUUGUUGCUUCAGUUGCACUCGUCGCAGCUUUCGCAACUACCCGACAGUCUCGGUAAUCGCAAACAAGACCCCAACUUCAAACCCGACGUAAAUAACAUCAAGAAAAAACUAGAAGCGGAACUCCGACAAAGUCCCAUACGUAAUAUUAGACUAAACAAAGAAUCCGACGAACUUAAGUUCAGUCCGACGCUGAUGGAAACGGCACAAUGUCGAGCCGAGAACGAACAACUCCAGAUGGAAAACGCGGCUUUAAGAAAAUCCAUCCUGGCGUUGAAUAGUGAAGUGUACGGCGCGAAGCUCGCCGCGAAAUAUUUAGACAAGGAAUUAGCGGGAAGAAUACAACAAUUACAACUCUUAGGAAGAGAAAUGCGAGGAGAUGUUCGUGAUAAAUUGUGGCGUCAACUGGAAUCUGAAAUUCUACUUCAGAGACACAAAACGGUAGUGAGAGCGUGUAGGAGAAAUAGCAUUUUGAAUAAUUCCGAAAAGACUUGCCCCAAACCCGAGAUCGAUCCGGUCAACGAACGGACGGAGCAUUUUGGGGAUAUAAGAACGGUGGUGGUGAAGCGUAAUCCCAGUCAGGGAUUGGGAAUCAGUAUAACGGGUGGAAGGGAGCACGGCGUGCCUAUCCUGAUCUCGGAACUGGAGCCCAACGGCCCCGCCGCCUUAUCAGAGCAGCUCUACAUCGGCGACGCAAUUUUAUCAGUAAAUGAUCGAGACUUGCGACAAGCCUGUCAUCGAGAAGCUGUCGAUAUCCUUCAGCAACAAUCCGGUGAUUGCACGUUACAAGUACAAUAUAUCGCCGCUGAUGACAGCGACACUUCUCUCGAAGAGGACGGUUAUAAUUUCCGGUUUUUUGAUGGAGAAGUGUGUGACUCGAACAAUCACUCUAGUUUAAAUCCCUCAAACUCUCUAGACAUGUUAAAUACCCCCACUGCACCUAGAACUCCCGAAUCAAGUUCAGCAGCAAGCCGGCUAGUUUCACGAGAUAGCGUCCCGAACAGCCCCAAAGUGCAAAAACUGAUCGUUUUGGAAGAGACCGAAGACUUCGACUACAACCUCAACACCAACGGCAACAUGGAGACCUACAAGCCCACCACCACCAAAGACAUCAAAAUCGCCGACGACUUGAACUGCAACCCUACCAAGGUGGAAACCACCGACUUGGUCCUCAUCGACAACGCCACAAACAACGUUAUCAAACUGGAAGAUUUCAAAAAAGUCGAUAUAAUCGACGACGAGAAUUUUAACUGUUCAACGAAUUCCCUCAACUCGGAGAAUUUCUCGUCGCCGAUGCAGACAAGCGCGGAUGUUUUCCUCGAUUCGGAGUUGUUAUCGACUGAUGUAGCUUCAAACGAUUCGCAAUCGCCGAAGAACAUCCAAGUGGAGAGUACCACAAAGGCCACUUUCACCUACCAGGAACCGAAAUUUUGCCCCAAACCCCAGAUUUACACCUCGAAUGAGUCGCUGUCGAACCCGAAAAGCGACCAAAGUCUCCUCAACUCGGCAGAGAGUUGCGGCAGUUCGCCGGUGCACAAGAGCCACAAUCGGGACUACAAGAAGGUGCAGAGGAAGCACAAGAAGAAGUAUUUCGGGGUGAAGACUCUCCAGAGCAUUUUUAACAAACACGACGGCUAUUCGGACAUUUCGAGCACGGCGUCGGAACUAGGAGACGAACUACUUGAACCCAAAGACAAGGAGAAGGAAACGAGUUACAAGGUUUACACUGAGACUAGCCCCCAGUUCGAGGAGAAUAUCCACAAUAUCUUGACCGAUAUUUUCGUGAAAAAUUUCAGUACUGAGAGCAACGUCGCGAGCAUUUCUCUGAGUAAACCAAUCGGGACGAAGAAGUAUUUCAGUUUGCACGGGCAGAACUUGCGAGUUGGCAAAGCCUUGAGACUCUGCCCCAAUGAGGAUUAUUCCGAGCAAGUCGAGAAUGAGCAAAGGAAAGAGAAACUUCUCGCGAGAUAUGUCUAUAAUGCGAAUUCGAUAAAUGCGGAUGGUGUAGGGGACCCUGACUUUGGAACGCCUGUUUAGACUAGCCUAGUAGAUGGUACGAUUUCUAAAUAUACGAGACUUCUUCACCUAGUUGUAACAAUUCACCAGGAUUUUUUUGACGAAUCAAAAUUUUUUCGAGACUUGGCGUCACGCUAGGAUAUUUCUGUGUACGAAUUGAAUUGCCUUCAGUGUAAUAAACCGAAAAUUUGCUUUUGUGUCUGCUUCAUUUUCCGAAUAGUAGAUAGUCAUCUAAGCUAAGCACUCUUCAAAUUGCAGGUUGAUUAAACAAGUAAAAUUGCUUUUGUUACUUGUGUAUACAUUGCUCAAAAUGGUAUUAAAAAUGACCCCUUGAAACUUUUUGUUGUUUUGUGAAUAUACAUUUUUUGUAAUAUUGAUCAGCACUUUAGUUGGGAUAAUAACAAAGUGGAAACGUUCGAAUCGAGUUGCUUUUUUAAUUAUAUUACGACAAAUCUACUUUCUACAUAAGUAAGUCGUGUAAGAGUUAAUUAUGUAGUUAGUACAAGAAAUUUAUAUUGUAAGUUUAGCUAAUGUAUGACGUU